AUGACCGAGUUCAUCAGGGACGAGGAUGAGCGUCGGCGCUGCGUCGCUACAUGUCACAAACAGCAGGCGCAUACUGACGCCGCCCAGGUCAGCCUAGACGAGAUCAGAGCACAUAACCGGGAACUUGCCGACGGCCUCCUCAACGAGCCCUUCGCCUUCGUCCAAGCCUUCGACCAGGGCCUCAAAGAUGUCAUCAAAACAUUUACAGACCGACCCAAGACCGAGAUAGCCGACGAAGUGAAAUACUACUGCGCCUACAUUGGCAGCUUUGGAGAAUUUUCAGUGAACCCGCGCACGCUCAGCUCCAACCAGCUGAACCACAUGGUGUCUCUAGAGGGCAUCGUGACCAAGACGUCGCUCGUGCGCCCCAAGAUUGUGAAGAGCGUGCAUUACAACGAGAACCUGAAGAAGUUCCACAUGCGCGAGUACACCGACCAGACCAUGACAACAGGCGCUGCGAGUUCGAGUGUGUAUCCGACCGAGGACGGCGAGGGCAAUGCGCUCAUUACAGAGUACGGCUACUGCACAUACCGUGACCAUCAGGUCAUAUCCAUCCAAGAGAUGCCCGAACGUGCGCCUGCUGGUCAGCUGCCUCGCUCGGUUGACGUUAUCAUGGAUGAUGACCUUGUCGAUCGCGUGAAACCUGGAGACAGAAUUCAGCUUGUCGGCAUCUACCGGUCACUCGGAAAUCGCAAUGCUGGAACAGGCAGCUCGACCUUCCGAACUCUUAUCCUAGCAAACAAUGUAAUACUACUCUCAUCCAAGUCAGGGGGAGGCAUUGCGCAGGUCAACAUUACAGAUACCGAUAUUCGCAAUAUCAACAAGAUAUCCAAGGAUAGGCGCGUCUUCGAGAUGCUCGCACAGUCUUUGGCACCCUCCAUCUACGGCCAUGACUAUAUCAAGAAGGCGAUUCUUCUGUUCUUGCUCGGAGGACAGGAGAAGAACCUCGAAAACGGCACUCAUUUGAGGGGAGAUAUCAACAUUCUGAUGGUUGGUGAUCCCUCGACAGCCAAGUCGCAACUUCUCCGCUUCGUCUUGAACACUGCUCCCCUGGCUAUCGCCACUACCGGUCGUGGGUCUUCUGGUGUUGGUCUUACCGCGGCUGUCACUCAAGACAAGGAGACGGGAGAACGACGCCUCGAAGCCGGUGCCAUGGUCCUUGCUGACCGUGGUGUCGUUUGUAUCGACGAAUUCGACAAGAUGUCUGAUGUCGAUCGAGUCGCCAUUCACGAAGUAAUGGAGCAGCAAACUGUCACCAUCGCCAAAGCUGGUAUACACACCUCGCUCAAUGCCCGAUGCAGUGUCAUUGCUGCUGCCAACCCCAUCUUUGGCCAGUAUGAUGUUCACAAGGACCCGCAUCGCAACAUUGCUUUGCCGGAUUCCCUGCUCUCACGUUUCGAUUUGCUCUUCGUCGUUACGGACGAUAUCGAAGAUGCACGCGACAGGCAGAUCUCCGAGCACGUAUUGCGCAUGCACCGCUACCGCCAACCUGGUACAGAAGAAGGUGCACCUGUUCGCGAAGAUGGCGCUCAAGUGCUCGGUGUUGGCCUCGAUACCGACACAGACGCCAACCGACCAACUGAGGUCUACGAGAAGUUCAACCCCAUGCUGCAUUCUGGUGUCACAAUCCAACGUGGCCGAGGCGCAGCACGAAGGACUGAAGUGCUGAGCAUUCCCUUCAUCAAGAAAUACAUCCAGUACGCAAAGCGUGCAAAACCAAUCCUCACAAAGGGCGCCGCAGACCAUGUGGUAGAGGUCUACUCGGCACUACGAAACGAUCAACUAGAUGCCGGAACACGGAAAACAUCUCCCAUCACUGCGCGUACACUUGAGACCCUUAUCCGUCUUUCUACUGCUCACGCAAAGGCACGUUUGUCAAAGAAUGUCGAACUCAAAGAUGCGAAGGUUGCUGCAGAGAUCCUCCGCUUUGCACUGUUCAAGGAAGUCGUCGAGGACGAUCGUCGUAAGCGAAGGCGAACGACCCGCGACCCUGACGCCAUGUCUACCGACGGUGAAUCAAGCGAUGACGAGAACGGUGAUGAACAGGAAGCCACACAAUCUCGUCGUACUGGUGGCCCAUCAACGCGCAGCCAACCUACACGGACUCCAGCCGCAGACGAUGGUCAAGAGGAGGUAGAUAACGAAGACCUUUAUAGCGUCACACCAAAGACGCAGCGCACUGCGCAGCGUACAAAUGGUCGUACACAGUCAUCCCGCGCAGGCGAGCCUUCUUCUCAGGUCAGCGCAGCUUCAUCCCGGCCAGAGUCACAGCUCCCAGCUACGCAGACCGAAUCACAAGACUCGCAAGGCAUUUCACCGGCGCGUCUUCAAGUAUUCCAGACCGCACUUGGACAGCUCAUCGAUGGCCCGCUCUUUGCCAAUGAUGCUGCAGAUCUGGACCCUCUAGUUGCCGCUGUCAAUUCGAGAUUGGGUGGCGGUGCUGGACGAGCAGCAUUCGAGGAAGACGAGGCUAGACAGGCACUUGAAGCGCUCAGUGAGCGCAACAAGAUUAUGUUCACGGGUGAUAUGGUGUACAAGAUCUAG